UAUGCUACAGUGGAUAUAUUGUUUUCUGUGGUUUGCUGGAUCGAUCAUUAUCCUAAAUGAAGAACCAUGUAACUUGCAACCAACAGUUUAGCUGAAGUAAGGUUAAAGGGAUUCUGGUAAACACUGUUUGAUUUUGACUCAUCGUUGUAUUCCAGCUUUACCCGCCGUUUGGAUGGUAUGAAUGCAGGCCAGCAAAUAUAGAGGUAAUUCUCAAAAGAGGGAAAGGAAAAAUGUAGCCAAGGGAAGGGAGAAGCCUACUACAAAUCUGAAAGGGAAACGAUAUAAUUUCAUUCCCUGCUCCCUUUCUUUUUGAGAACAGAAUCAUGACUUCGAUAUGAUUUGUCAUGAGAUUUUGUCAAUACGUUGUGGUUUUUUGAAGAAUUUAUGAUGUGGAUGUGAAUUUCCCCGAUGUUUGUAAAGUGGCUGAGGAUUUUCCGAAGAUUUAGUGAAUGUUUAUGAAGUGUAUGUGAACUAUCCCAAAAUUUUAUGAAGUGGGUGUGAAUGGUGUGAAUAUAUAUGAAAUGGGUGUGAAUUUUACUGAGAUUUUAUGAAGUGGUUAUAUUGGUACAGAGGGCGGCCAGUAUAUCGGGGAUUCUUGUUAUUAUAUUGAGAUUUUAAGAGGUGUUAUGCAAUGUUAAAAUCACCGGGUUUGAUGUAUGGGGGUAUGCCGGUAUUGCACUGUGGUAAAAGAAGGGAAGCGGCCUUUGCCAUUACAUCAUCCAUAUCUCCUGUUAGGCAGAGGAUUUCAAAAAAGCGAACAUGGAAGUGUGCUAUAAUACGAUGCAGCAACAGUGCUCCAGGGGUUCAGGACUCAACAACACCCCAGGUUGACACCACAGGCUUAUCUGAUCUUUCAUUUGACAGAUUGCAACCCACAGAUCAAGACUGUAAGACCCGUUAUAGAAAAGUUUUUGGCAAUUUUGUGGCCCGGGAAGCUAUCUUGGAUGAAGAGUAUUGGCAGCAUGGUUGCGUGCAGAAAGUCACUGGGAGGACCAGCGACAUCUUCGUUAUGUGGAUAGCCACAAAAGACAAUUUGCAGAACAGCAAUGAUUCUGGUAUAUCCACUUUUCUGCAUGCUUCUAAUCGACCUGCAGAUAGAAGUUUCAUUUUAAAGGAGUUUAAUGCCCUGAAGCGACGGUGCUUUGGAAGGGAUGGUCACUACCUCAAAUGUUUUUGCAUUGUUGCAGUAAGGACUAGCACUACUUAUAGUUAUAAUGUUAAGAAGGAAGUUAAAAUUAAAAGACGCAUUGUUUUGAACAGUAUAGUAGGGACACUUGAUUUAAGCAUUAGACAAUUAUUGCAAGGAGAAACUUUUCCUGGGGAACAAGCGGGAUCCUCAAUAUACAUGAGUGGUAGUAAAUCUGGAUGUUCUCAUCGCUAUGGCUAUGUAGCCAAUGUAUGUGUUGCAAAGUUUGCUCGCAGACAAGGGAUAGGAAGUAACAUGUUGCAACUGGCUAUCGAAAUUGCUAAAUCUUCUGGACUAAAGGAUGUUUUUGUUCAUGUAAAUACGAACAAUAAGAUUGCUCAGCAAUUGUACAGAAAUAUUGGCUUCAAGGUCGUUGAAGCCGCAACAUCUAACUCUUUAGGAGAGCAGAAACAGCUCCUCCUGCUUGAACAUCAAAUCUAAGUUGAUUGUUGGAUUGUAUUAUCUAUUUGUAUUUUUUGGGAUUUUCCGUCUUCAAUAUUUUUGUAGAAAAAUCCUUUUAACUGCCAUAUCAAGAAUUAUCAGGUCCAGAGGCAGAAAAUGACUCACUGUAUCUUUUAUCCUUAGAACUUAUCAAAAUAUCGAUUGCUAUGUGAUGCUCAUCUCUUCCUUCACUAUCUCCUUUCGCACUGCAGUUGACAUUCUGUACGAGGAAAACUAAGUUACAGAGCAAGUGGCUUGUCUGUAGAAUUAGUUUAUCUGCACAAAAACAUAAGUGGCUAUACAGUGAGGAGAGAGUGAAAGAAUGGAGCAUUUUAGAUGUAAGCUGGCAUUGUCGGUUCUUGCAUGCAUUUAUUUCUCAACCCUCAGUUUGGACUGAUAAUUUUUUAUUGUACUGGACCUGGUAAUGGUGUACAGACCAGCAGCCUUGGCUUAGAUAGUUAGAUGUAUAUGUAAAUGACUAGCAAAUCUGAAAAUCAAAUCCAGUCAUAGAGUCUCUUGUUCUAUGUUUUCAAGUUUCCUGUUGGAUACACUUGAAGUUGUAACAUCACCAUUUUUUACUACUGUAAUAAAAUGUUAUGAGAAAUUAUGAGAA